UGGAGGUACGACAGCCUUGGACGUCUCAUUUCUUCGUGAUACAUUCUCAUUCUGGCCGCGUGCGGCCGCGACAGCCGUCCUUCCCGAAGCAGCCACAUAUGCGUCUCGUCUUUCUUUUUGUGCAACUUUGCACCUUUGUUUUGGUCCGUCCCACGUGUCUGUGUCACCAAGUAAAGGGCGCUCGCUGCACGUCAGCAAACCUGCCCGGGCACGUACAGUAGGUAUACUGCAUGCAGCUCCUGUCCAUGUGCCGCCGCCUCGAGUGCCAUGUCCGCACACGAGACAGAAGGGACUGCGCCGAUGGCGCAUGCAUGCUAUUCUACGCAUAUAUGGUGCAGAUGGCGGGCGAGCCGUUUGGGCCGGGUGAAGCAAGACCUGGAGCUGUCAGUCAUGGUGCACGUCUGGAACCGCGAGCUACGCACGUUUGGGGACAUGCGGAGCGCAUCACAUAUUGGUGCUCGUGGUGACGGCUUGGCAAUGUCAGGGAGGCAUAGUAUGACAAGACGCGCCUCCGGUAGAGUCGACAUGUACCUGGUAGAGGGACCGGCGCUUGCUCUCCAUGUCGCGCGUCGAGGCCGCGGACGACGCUCUACGUGCCAACGUACUAAACAGGCUACCGAUCUCGUAUCAGGUACGGGACACUUUUGGUCGUCGUCGACACAGACGAACAGCCGCUAAACCUCGGCGUUGUCAGAUAUUGUCACGGACCUUGGGUCAGUCGUCCAUUGUUCGCCGGACGCGGGGC